AUGGUCGGGCUGUCUGUGCUGGUGGGCUUUCUCAUCCUCUUCACCAUCGUGGGGAACAUCUUGGUGAUCAUCGCCGUGUUCACCAGCAGAGCCCUGAGACCUCCCCAGAACCUCUUCCUGGUGUCCCUGGCCAGCGCCGAUAUCUUGGUCGCCACUUUGGUCAUCCCCUUCUCCCUGGCGAACGAGUUGAUGGGCUACUGGUACUUUGGGACGGUCUGGUGUGACAUCUACUUAGCUCUGGAUGUCCUGUUUUGCACAUCCUCUAUCGUGCAUCUGUGUGCGAUCAGCCUGGACAGGUACUGGUCCAUCAUCAAAGCUGUGGAGUACAACCUGAAAAGGACCCCCAGAAGAAUUAAAUGCGCUAUCGUCAUUGUUUGGCUCAUCUCAGCGGCCAUCUCCUUCCCCCCGUUAAUAUCGAUGGACCGAGACAUUGAGGAUGAACUUUACCCAUCCUGCAGGAUCAAUGAUGACACCUGGUACAUCCUCCUGUCCUGUAUCGGCUCCUUCUUCGCCCCCUGUCUCAUCAUGAUCCUGGUGUACAUCCGGAUCUACCAGGUGGCCAAGAGCAGGACCAGAAGCAUGUCGGUGAAGAGGAACGGCCCCGACGGCUCGUCCCAGACCGAGGAGGCUCCAAGCAGGGGCACGUCCAUCAGGGACAACGGGGACAGGGAGAACGGGCACUGUGCCGCCAGCCCCGGAGGGCACAAACUGGACGAGCUGGAGCUGGAGGAGAGCUCCACCUCGGAGGGCAAGGGGCGCAGGAAGGAGGGGGCUGGCCGCCUGCCCUCCAGGAUGCCCCAGAGGAAGGAGGAGGAGGGCAAGAAGGACUCGAAGCGGCGGGGCAGCAGGAUAUCCAAGAGCAAGGCCUCCCAGGCCAGGGAGAAACGCUUCACCUUCGUGCUGGCCGUGGUCAUGGGCGUCUUCGUCGUCUGCUGGUUCCCUUUCUUCUUCAGCUACAGUCUGUACGGCAUCUGCCGGGAGGUGUGCGAGAUCCCCGAGCCUCUCUUCAAGUUUUUCUUCUGGAUUGGGUACUGCAACAGCUCCCUGAACCCUGUCAUCUACACAAUCUUCAACCAGGACUUCAGGCGAGCUUUUCACAAAGUUCUCUGUAAACCCAAGAAAAGAACCUUUUAA